CAGAACUUAGAAAGAUAGAGCCAACCAAGCCACGGCUUCUAAAACCCUAAACCCUUUUCCAACAACUGUAAAACAUCGAUCAGGGAAAACAAAUAAGAAAAAGUAAAGAGGGCAGAGAAGAAAUGAUACUAGCAAGAAAUCUCUCUUCUUCAAAAUCAAAACUAAAACCUCUCUUUUCUUUAUCAAUCCCUUCUAUUCUUUCUCCUCUCUCAAAUUCAAAUUCAAAUCCUCAAUUUUACCAAUACCCACUUACAUUUCCUCCUUCACUUUCAUAUUUCUCUUCAAAGCCCAUUAAUUCUAAACAACCACCACCUUCUCUUUCUCCUCCUUUAUUCCUUCUCACCCGCGACGGUAAUUACGACGAUGCUACUCCCCCGGCCGCCGUCUGCCCUGGCUGUGGAAUCCACAUCCAAGAUUCAGACCCAAAACAACCUGGGUUCUUCACUAAACCUUCAAUCAAAGACCCAAAUUAUAAAUCAAGAUCAAGUCUUGUUCCCAUUUCGUUAGAAUCUGAAUUCUCAAAUUCUUUAAAAACAGGUGUUGUAAUUGAUGAUGAUGAAGCUGAAACUCAUGAUUCUAAGCAAAACCCAGUAACAACGACAGCAGCAGAGAAACCCAUUGUGUGCGCGCGGUGUCAUUCUUUGAGACAUUAUGGCAAAGUGAAGGAUCCAACAGUUGAAAAUUUGCUGCCGGAAUUUGAUUUUGAUUCUACUGUCGGUAAGCGUUUAGUUUCAGCUUCUGGUGCUCGUUCUGUUGUGCUUUUAGUUGUUGAUGCUGUUGACUUUGAUGGGUCUUUUCCUAAAAAAGUAGCUAAGUUAGUAUCAAGUGCAAUUGAAGAGAAUUUCAAUUCUUGGAAAGAAGGGAAAUCAGGAAAUGUGCCAAGAAUAGUACUUGUAGUGACUAAGAUUGAUUUACUGCCUACUACUCUAUCACCUACUAGAUUUGAGCAUUGGGUGAGACAGAGAGCAAGAGAAGGUGGUGCUAGUGUUAUAAAGAAAGUACAUUUUGUGAGUGCAGUUAGAGAUUGGGGAUUGAAAGAUUUAGUUGAUGAUGUGAUCAAGAUGGCAGGAGCUAGAGGGAAUGUAUGGGCUGUAGGGAUGCAAAAUGCAGGUAAAAGUACUUUAAUAAAUGCCAUGGGGAAAUGGACUGGUGGAGGUGAAAGGAAGUUAACUCAUUUGACCGAGGCACCUGUUCCUGGAACAACAUUAGGGAUUGUUAGGGUGGAAGGUGUUCUUCCAGGGCAGGCUAAAUUAUUUGACACACCGGGGCUUUUGAACCCACAUCAAAUUACAACAAGGCUAAGUAGAGAUGAGCAGAAGCUUGUUCACAUUAGUAAAGAGUUAAAAGCAAGGACAUAUAGAAUAAAGGAAGGUCAUUCAGUUCAUAUUGGUGGGCUCAUAAGGUUGGAUAUUGAAGAAUUAUCAGUAGAUUCUAUUUAUGUCACAGUAUGGGCAUCUCCAUAUCUUCCAUUACAUAUGGGGAAAACAGAAAAUGCAAGCACUAUGCUAGCAGACCAUUUUGGCCAUCAAUUACAGCCUCCAAUUGGGGAGAAACGAGUUGAAGAGCUUGGAAGAUGGGUGAGACGGGAAUUUUCCAUCUCGGGGAGUAAUUGGGAUUCAAGCUCUGUUGAUAUUUCUGCAGCUGGUUUGGGGUGGUAUGCCAUUGGACUUAAAGGAGAAGCAGUCGUAGGGGUUUGGACAUAUGAAGGGGUUGAUGUUGUUCUUCGUAAUCCCUUGAUUCCUUUCAGAUCGCAAACUUUUGAAGUUGCAGGAUUUACCGUUUCAAAAAUUGUCUCCAAGGCUGACAAAGCCUUGAAUAAAUCCCAACACAAAAGUGAAAACAAUAGAAAAGGAAGUGACCAAAAGGUAUCUGCAGUUGAUGAAUCAUCAUUAUCUACUAGGGUCCAUACAGGUGCAAGUUCUUGCUGAAAUUGCUGGUUCCUGGAAGAGGGAAAAUGUUUUAACUUGCAUCAAGGUGGUGUUACUGUUCAGUAAAUGGGUAGAUAUGCAUCUUUAGAGAGGAGGAAAGGAAAAGUCAGCAACACUUUACCAAGCUGUUGGUUGAAGGUCUUAAAUUUUGUUAUUUUGCUGCUCAAGUGGUACUAAAUCUAGUAGCAUAUGAGGUGUAGCUUAAAUGCAGGAAGGCUACCUGAUGUGAUUUAAGAGAGAUGUAAAAAUGGGGUCAGGUUACAGUCAUUGUACUGCUGGGCCUUGCAGUCACUCAAAACUCUGAUUCUUCUGCAAAAUUCCUGCUGCUUGUUUGAUAAAUGGAGCUCCUACUGUUCUUGUGUUGGGGAUGAUUCUUGCCAGGACCCAGUCCACUUCCAUGGACCAAGACAAAUCGAUGGCCCCACUUGCAAAUGGGACCUACAUAUCAUGUCUGUUUGGUUCACCAUGGACCGGCUCUAGAGAAUAUGUUUCUUCCACUUAUGAAAGAGUACACACGGCUUGCCACUGAAAUCCUUGGGGAACUUCUUAGUCCUUGCUGGCUAGGUAUCAUGUGGCAGUGAGUGUGAUGCUGAUAAACAAGCUUGUGCAUUCAGGGAGCAGCGGGAGAGAUGAAAAGCAAAAGGGUCUUCAGCGAAAUUAUAUUUGUAAUUUUUUGGGUACCUUUCAGCAUUUGAAUUUGUGUUUUUUGGGCCUAUUUUUGGGCAAAACGGGCUAAUGUUUCGAAUUCAUUUUUUUAAAAAAAAAAAUACUAAAAUCAAUAAAAGAA